AUGGCUUUGGGUCUAACAGACCUCCCUCUAGAGGUCCUGCGUAGGAUUCUGAUACUGCGUCUAGACAUCGAUUUGCCAUCCCCGACGCAACGACAACACUUGAUAGACGACAGCUAUGCGUCGGCCGUCCAGAACUGGCGCGACAUAAAGAUUCUUCCUAUGCUCUGCACCCCUUCCGGUUCUUGUGCAUCCGAUCGCGGAGCGCGCAGUGGUCAGACUCGAGGAUGUCAUCGACUUGACACCGGACCGUUACGCUCCGCUCUUGACCUUGGGGCAGUUUGCCGUCAUUUGCGCGAGGUCGUACUCGGCGACGCCCUUUUCUGGAGCGAGGCCUUGUUGUUGAACCCGCAACUCGUCCGCGUAGCCCUAUCUCGCGCCAAGGUAGCCGCGCACCCGCGACUGUCUUUCGUGGCCCACGGCGGUGCAUGUCUUUGCAUUCUGGACAUUAUUCUCAGGGAGAUGGUCAACGUCAGGCGGCUGGAUCUGGCUCUUCCCUCCACCAACACAGAGAGUACAAGGUCUCCCUCCGCCCUCAUUGCAGACCGGCUUCUUCUCGGUGCUCCCCUCUUGGAGGAGAUCGAAGUGCGUUGCGAUUACGCGUACGUGCAUGAAGAUUCCCUACAGAAGAGAAGAAUCAACGUCAAAAACGUAUCAGUCUCUCGCCUCAUCAACUGUGCAUUCGGAAUCGAGAGUAAGAACAUGACACGCAUGUUCUUCGCCGCUGAGGCCCCUCCUUUUCGCUGGCCGCGGGGCGAGUUCUACAAGAUGCUCGCCGUCUGCGUAAACCUCGAGGUCCUGUCCCUUCAGAUGAUCUUUGUGUACGAGCGGGGCUUACCGCCUAACACCAUAUAUCCACCCGGGGAUACGUUCGAAUUGCCUUCCCUCCGCUUCUUUCACAUCGCGGAUCAUAUGGUCGAAUGGGAUGUUGCGUCGAGGAAGAUCAUAUUCCCAGCGACCUGCCGCGUACAUCCAGAUGUGACAGCUCCUAUGCAAGACUUGUACACACCAGACAUGCUCGCAACAACGGUCGGGCGCGUAUUUCCAAGGCAUCCUGUCCUUGCGGCAGGCGAAACGCAUUGCGUGACAUUUGCUCUUCGCGUUCGUGACACGACGAGGACGCAGGCGACACAUUUCCCCGAGUACCUGUCCUUAAGCAGAGGUCGCACGGAAGCCGACGCCAUGGCCUUUCGUGAUCCGAUCUCAUUAGCUUCGGCCGGCACAAUCACCUUGCGUAACGAGAGACUGUCGAUGCGCACCACCAUAACGCCACAACCGGACUUUGGUGAACCGGACGUCGGUCAGCUUGUCGCCGGGUUUGUGCGCGGUUGCGUUUGGUUCGGGCUAUCGUACGCCGAGAUGUUUGUUCUGGAUGGUGCUUAUCCUCACCUUGCCACGAUAUCUUGGCGAGACGUGCUCCCGUAUCUGCCGAACGUCCAGACUAUCGUCAUUCGAGGUCUCACGACCUUCUCUGCUCCUGAGAUCGUCGACCUUGCCUACGAACUCGGGGUGCCACAAGGUCAAGGAGGCGACGGGCUUGAAUCAGAUGUUGCGAGAUAUCGCUGCGAGCGGUUGCGCCGGGUCCGUCUGCCAGACGCCCGUGACAUUGUUCCAGAGGCCACGAUCGCGAACUUGCGGUUCGCACUCUUCACUCGCCGGGCCACGCGGAUGGACUUAGACAAUAUAUAUUGGAGUAUGUAG